UGCUGAUGUUUGCAGCGGUGGCGCCGAUAAACUACUAAAGUCCAGCAAAUCUGUGGCUGCAGUCGGUAGAUUCGUGCGUGAGGAGUUCGUACGUCGGUUCGCUUCCUCCCGGCGGGCGCCGGUAUUUAAAGCAGCGUCCUGUCACUCGAGCAAAUCACGGCGUUUGACGCUUGUUGUGUGUCGCUGUUGUGUUGACGCUAGCGUUAGCCUCGCUAGCAUCUCCUAGCCCCGCUAAGUGAGCUAGCCGCGUCCUGCCGUGAUUUCGCCGUGAACACAGCCUUACGAAACCCGGAGAAAAAUGACGCAGGUCGGCGGAGUCCAGUCCUGGUGCCUGGGAGUCACGUUACCACUGGUUUUAGCGGCCGCUCUGCUCCAGGGCUUUGCGACGGUCGCCUCGCCCACUGCUGCCCCGCACCAGGACCCCGGCAGACCCGAGAGAGGCAGCUACCAGGUCAACGGCACCAAUGGCACUGCGUGUUUGUUGGCGUCCAUGGGCCUCCAGCUCAACGUCACCUACAUCUCCCAGACGAAGCCUGUUCAGGAUGUUUUCAACAUUCAGCCCAAUUUGACAAAGAGCUCUGGGUCGUGUGACUCAGACACUGCCAUCCUGCAGCUUCUAUCAGACGGAGAGAAAAUCAACCUCACCUUCAUCUUCACCCUGAAUACGACGUCCAGUAAAUAUCACUUGGGUGAAGUGUUUCUGACAGCAGUCUUGACAGAUGUGAAAGAUCCCUUCUCGGUCCGUAACGCCAGCCUGGACUACCUGCGGGGCACCCUGGGCUACUCCUACAGGUGCCGCAAUGAGGAAACUCUGAGUGUGGCCCAGAAUUUGUCCAUCAACACCUUCCUGCUGCAGGUGCAGCCGUUUGGUGUGAAUGGAAAGCAGUUUUCAACAGCGGAAGAAUGCCAGUUGGAUGAAGACGACAUGCUGAUUCCCAUCGUAGUUGGAGCAGCUCUAGCAGGUCUUGUCGUCAUUGUGCUCGUGGCCUACCUCAUUGGCAGAAAGAGGAGCCACGCCGGUUACCAAACCAUCUGAGGCAGUUCUGUCUGGAGGCCGCAGUGCGAUGUCCCGCCAUGAUAAUUAACCACUGUUUAACGAGACCUGACUCUGACCCUCUACCUUUCAUCUCCCUGUGUGCUCUCCCUUGUCCCUCAUUAGUAACACUACUCAUCGCUUUGUGGAGUUUGAUAUGCGCUUUCUGAACUAACCUUGUGUUUCAUUUAAAAAGGGCAAUUUGGAGAUAAAAUAGGGAAAAUGUUGCAGAGGUUUCACUGUCCUGAAGCUGUAUUGUACUAUUUAUCAUUUCUGUGAAAGGGAAUUUAAAGGAAUUGUUAGUUUCUUAUGUGUUUGCUUGACUUUGUAUAGAGGUCUUUCCAUUUAGUUAAUUAUUGUGAAGGGAAAAUUCUUGCCUGUUUCUUCAGACAGUAAACAUCUGACCUUUCUAUAACCCAGGUAUGCAGAUCUUAGUAAACCUACUAAAAAGGCAUCCAAUUCUGAAAAUUAUACUAAAUAAUUUGAUAAAUUCUUAAAUGACACUUAUAUUUAGGAAUUUGUAUUAUCUCCUAUGAAUAGUUAAUGAUAUGCUUCUCUUUACACUUGGCAAUUAAGAACUAUAAGUAUCUAGCUAUACCCAGACGACUGUUUAGAAUGAAAACGGGAAGUGCAGAAGUAGUCAGGCUUUGGUCGAAUACAAAGAAGAAAUCUGCUCGCUAUCAUCUACAAAGCUCUGUGGUUAAUAUGUUAUAGCUUGCCUGAAAAAGAACAUGAAUAAUUAUUGUUACAAGAGUUUAGGUAAUUCAUUCACAACCUGAGGCAUCAGCAUCAUAGUCGGGUUUGUGUUCACCUGUUGCUUUUAUGUCUUUAAGCUGAGACUCGUAGCGCCAUCUACAGAUCAUGCUUGAAAGUUACCUUCGUCGCUAAAAGCAAGCAAGAGAAGGAACCUCCCAGCAGCUCAGAGUUAGUUCUUUGGAUUGUGCUAUUGCAAAGAAGAAAGAAAAAACAACUUUGCUUAAAUGAGCUUUAAAACAUACAUGGUGCAUGAAAAUGUUUAGCACAACGGUGUAAGGACUUAAUAUUGUUGCAUUAUUAUAGUCUGUUGGUAUGUUAUAGUAUUUACGGUAGGGUUUUUUUAAAUUUGCGCCUUCUUAGGGUUUAGGUCUGUGAAGGGAAAGAAGCUGCACUAAUUCCUGACAAAUGGUCCCAUGUGAUGACUAAAAUGCAUAAGUUCUGUGGCCAGUAUAUGCCCGUGCCUUCCUAACAGGACUUAAGUAAAGCUGUCAUUGAUAGUGUGUGCUGCCAUGGAUAGUAAAUGGUGCCCCACACAGCCUUCAUGUACUUUAACUACUGUUAAUAUAUACAGGUACUGUUUGAUGCAACAGGAGAGAUGGCAUAUUUAUGCAUUUCCUGGCUAAUCUAAAAAUCAAAUAAGUCAUCUAAAGGGAUUUUAAUGGGUGUGUUGGAACUGUUUCCUGAAGAAGAACUCACUAAAAGUAAAUAAACAAAACUGUUUGA